AUGCCACUACAAGGAGCCAGGCCGCUCCGUGCUCUGGCCCCUCGGACGACGUUGACUCCUGAGAGCGGCACGCCAGGGCCAGCGACGGAGGAGAGCAAAAUCAAGAGGGCCUCAACCACUUGCAAAGAGUGUAAACGACGUCGGACAAAGUGUAGCACCGGAAACCCGUGUACAGAAUGUGCCGCUCACGACCGCGAAUGUGUUUACGAUGAAUCUGCCGACAAACGACGUAAGGUUGCCGCUAAACGUGCGCAAGAGCAAUUAGAUUAUUACAGGGGCCUUUUGGAACGCCUUCUCGAGUCCAUCCGGUAUUGUGAACGGGCAGAGGUCGACCAUAUUGUUGCGGUGAUUCGUGGUGGUGCGUCGUUGGAUGAUAUUUCCGCGGUUAUAGAACAAAGUUUGGUACGUCGGAAGCAUACCGAUGAGGAAAGAGACCAGGAUUACGAGGACGAGGAAGAAGAUAGCGACUUGAUGGAUGAUGUGCUGGAAGGUUAG